GCCCGCUGUUUGGUCUGUUGGGGCAAACAAAGUCAACCCACCAACUUCUCUGUUCUCCCACCCUCCUUUCGAUCGUUGCAUUCAGACUUCACAUGCUUUUUACUAUAUAUUAGUCUAGUAAAUUACUAUAUAGUGUGCAGCUCUCGAUCUCAACAACUCUACGCGGCUUCGAUCUCCUGUGAUUGAUUCCGUUCUCCUUUUUCUUUUCACGUAUAUGGGGUUCGUCUUGAUCAAGAAAGGAAUUUGAAACAGAGGACUGAGAAAGAUGGCGGGGGGAGAAGAGGGACAGAGUUUGGAGUAUACCCCCACCUGGGUUGUUGCUGUUGUCUGCAGUGUUAUCGUCCUCAUCUCUCUCGCUGUCGAGCGAAUCCUCCAUUACCUUGGCAAGUAUCUCAAGAAAAAGAACCAGAAGCCUCUUUAUGAGGCCUUACAGAAGAUCAAAGAAGAGUUGAUGCUUUUGGGGUUCAUAUCACUCCUACUCACAGUGUUCCAAGCUCGAAUUGCCAAAAUUUGCAUAUCCAAGGACUUAGCCAGCAAGUGGUUGCCCUGUAAGAUUCAAAAAGAUGAAUCUUCUACGACUGCCCAUUUCCAAGCCUUCUUCAAUUCCUUUCUUCCCGGGACUGCCCGUCGUCUCCUUGCCGAGGGCUCUGAUUCCACCGGUUACUGUACCCAGAAGGAAAAGGUCCCACUGCUAUCUAUUACUGCACUGCAUCAUCUUCACAUAUUCAUCUUUGUGUUAGCAGUCGUGCAUGUGACUUUCUGUGCUCUAACCAUUAUUUUUGGAGGGGCAAAGAUUAGUCAAUGGAAGCAAUGGGAGAAUUCUAUACAAGAAAAGGAAUUCAAUCCAGAAGAAGUUCUGAAAACAAAAUUUACUCAUGUUCAAGAUCAUGCUUUUGUCCGGAGUCGAUUUCUGGGUACUGGCAAGGAUUCAGCUCUGCUAGGGUGGUUGCAUUCAUUUUUCAAGCAAUUUUAUGGGUCUGUGACCAAAACAGAUUAUAUGACACUGCGACUAGGCUUCAUUAUGACUCAUUGCAGGGGUAACCUAAAGUUUAAUUUCCAUAAGUAUAUGAUACGUACCCUUGAAGCUGAUUUCAAGAAAGUCGUUGGAAUAAGUUGGUAUCUUUGGGUAUUUGUUGUCAUUUUCUUGUUGCUGAAUGUCGCCGGUUGGCAUGCAUAUUUUUGGAUUGCAUUCAUUCCCUUUGUUCUUCUACUUGCUGUGGGCACCAAGUUGGAACAUGUAAUUACCCAGUUGGCCCUUGAGGUUGCAGAGAAACACGUGGCACUUCCAGGGGCGUUGAUAGUUCAACCUUCAGAUGAUCACUUCUGGUUCCAUAGGCCCCGGAUUGUUCUCUUGCUGAUUCAUAUAAUCCUGUUUCAGAAUUCUUUUGAACUGGCAUUUUUCUUCUGGAUAUGGGUCCAAUAUGGAUUUGACUCCUGCAUAAUGGGAGAAAUUGGUUAUAUUAUCCCUCGACUUGUUAUAGGGGUGUUCAUUCAGUUCGUCUGCAGCUACAGUACCCUACCACUCUACGCAAUUGUCACCCAGAUGGGAAGUUCAUUCAAAAAGGAUAUUUUUGAGGAACACAUACAAGUGGGACUUGUUGGUUGGGCUCGGGGGGCCAAAAAGAACAAGAGAAAGGCUGCAAAUGGCUCUACUACAACUCAUCAUGGUUCUCAUGCUUCUACCACUCACGGCUCUAGCCAUAUGGAUCACAAAGAGACUACUCCUUUGACAGUUCAGUUGACACAAGUAGCAGAAAUGGAAUCUGCUAUGGAAGAAGGCAAUGCAGGAGGGAUUGAACAUGCAACUGUCUCCGAUGGACACCAAAAGGCACCCAGUACCUUAUAAAGGACCAGAAGUCAACGUAAAUUCUGCAGAUAUCCUACCGGAAAAUACACAAGGAAGAAAAUACUAGUUCCAUUUAAAAGACAAUGCUUUGGUGAUGAGUGAUUGCGGGGAAGCUAUUUUGCCAUUCUAUAAUGUGUUUUCGUAAAAGGAAUGUUACAUAUACUUAAACUUUUACAAACUGAACCUUACUAACUGAUGUGGAACUUAUUCAUUAGAGAUGAUCAAAAUAAUUAAUAAAAAAAAAUGCUAUGAAUACCAAUAAAUAA